AUGCUUUUAUAUGGCGACAAGAAGCCGACGCACAUUAUUGUCGGCGCCGGCUCGGCGGGUUGUGUGCUAGCUAACAGGCUCAGCGAAGAUGCUUCAAAUCGUGUGCUUCUCAUCGAGGCCGGACCCCGGGACCACUGGUGGGACUGGCGCAUCCAUCUGCCGGCCGCUCUCAUGCACAACCUCAACCACAACCGCUACAACUGGUACUACCACACCGUCGCCCAAAAGCACCUGAACAACCGGACGUUCUACAACCCGCGCGGGCGUGUGUGGGGCGGCAGCUCGACGCUUAACGCAAUGUGCUACGUGCGUGGCCACGCGCACGACUACGAUCGAUGGGAGAAGGAAGGGGCAGAUGGAUGGGCGUACAGAAAUUGUCUGCCCUACUUCAAGAAAGCGGAGACGUAUGCGGACGCGAAACCUGGCGAUCCGUAUCGUGGCACAGACGGCCCGUUGAAGGUGAAACGCGGUAAUGCGGAUCAUGUGCUGCAUCGGGCUUGGCUGGAAACUGGAAAGCUGCAUCCUGUCGGUUACACAGAUGAUAUGAAUGGUUUCAAGCAAGAGGGGAUCGCCAAGAUGGACAUGACGAUUCAUGAUGGGUACCGGUGGAGCGCGUCCAGAGCCUACUUGUGGCCGAUUCUAGGACGCACGAAUUUACACGUCUCUUCUGGCAUCACUUGUACAAAAGUGUUGACUAAUCAGGGUCGCGCCAUCGGCAUCGAAUUCAUCAGGCAACAACACUUUGCUGGCGCCGAGACGGUCAACGCUCAUUCCCGCGAGAAGCUCUAUUGUGAGGACUCUGUCAUCCUCUCCGGCGGCGCCUUCAACUCGCCACAAAUCCUUCUGCUGAGUGGAAUCGGCCCCGGCGAUCACUUGCAGAGUCUCGGCAUUGAUGUCAUCCAGGAUACGCCGGGCAUUUUAGGACCACUUGGAGACGUGCAACAAAAGUGCACCAAGCCGGUCACGCUGUACAACAAAAGCUCUUGCAAAUUCCCGCACAACAUGAUCGCCAUCGGAGCCGAGUGGUUUGCAAGGCGGACCGGGCUAGGGGCAUCAAGCCAUCUGGAGACUGGCGGGUUUGCGAGGAGCAGUGAUGACCUCGCGCAUCCGGAUAUUCAAUUCCAUUUCCUUCCCUCUACCGUUCACGAUGAUGGUCGCGGUGUCGGACAAUGUCAUGCUUAUCAGGUUCAUGUCGGUCGGAUGCGUUCGAAAUCAGCCUCCUAUCAUCGACCCGAACUACUUGCCGUUGAUCAGGAUCGCCGUGAAUUCCGCCGCUGCAUCCGGCUCUCGCGUGAACUUUUCGCCCUGCAACCUUUCGACGAGUUCCGCGGCGGAGAGCUGGCCCCAGGCAGUGACUGUGUUUCGGAUGCCCAAAUCGACAAUUUCGUCAAGGCCUACGCGGCCUCUGCCUACCACCCGUCGUGCACCUGUAAGAUGGGCCCUGAGAGCGACAAGAUGAGCGUCGUCGACCCAAAAUCGUUGAAUGUGCAUGGAUUUGAGAACUUGAAGGUAGUUGACGCCUCGAUAAUGCCUUCGGUGGCCAGCGGCAACCUCAACGCACCAAUCAUCAUGAUGGCCGAGAAAGCGGCCGAUCAGAUCCGCGGCCACGGCAUGCUGCCCCCAAAUGAUGCACCUGCUGACCGCAUCGGACGUGUCGCUGAUUGGAUAGGUGUUGAUCGUUAUUUCCGUCGUGGCGAACGCUACAACGAGCGUGUCUACGGUUCGGCUGCCAAUGCCGGCUCGAAAUUCGAUUAUGUCCACGAAAUGGACGAGAACAACUUCCAAUUGGUUGACUCGUCACGCCCGGCGCAACGCGCUCCUCAGCGCAACUUCCGCACUCGCCAGAUGCACUUCAAGAAGAUGCUCCAAAACCAGCAGAAUCGUCGCGAUACCGUCGAGCUGAACUGUUCGCAGAAGAUGAAGCGUUCGAUCGCAAAGGAGCACCAACCUGUUUACAAACAAUGGCAGCGCAGAGAAGGACAAGCCCGUCAGGGUCUGGGUCCACGUGGUGGCCGUUAUGGCAACAAUCGCAUGCCUUCGGUGCAAGUGCGCGGCGACUGGACGUGCUCGAGGAACUCGAUUGCCCGCGUUUGGUCAAGCUCAGCCUGCGCUCCCUACACAUCGACGAGCCGGCCGUCUAUU